AUGACUUUGAAACACUUAAAAGGCCAAGUGCUAAAGGAUGGCCUUUUCAGUCUCCUCUAUUUGUUGCCUGUAACGCCUCAUUCACAGUCACCCUAUAAGGAGCUUGAUGCCAUCAUAUCUAUUCUGCUAGAGAGCGAGAGGGAUAUGGAGCGGUUGCAGAAACAAGAGGAGAACAUGCUGCAGGAAGUGACACAAAAAGCCAAGGAACUUCAUGAUAAGGAGUUCAAGCUUCCAUUUCAGAAGCCUAUGCCCUGCUCAAAUGAAAAAGAUGCUUGCUUGUCUUACUACAAAGAGCAUGCCGACAACCCUCUGAAAUGUGCUGGUGUUGUUAAAAGUUUUGAAAAUUGCACUCGCAGAAUUAGGCAGCAAGUGGGUUCAGCAGAAAAGUAA